AUGGAUUUUGGGCCGAACAGAACGAGAAUUAAUGUACAAGGUGAUCGACUAAGCAGCUUGCCAGACGAUCUUAUCUUCAAAAUUCUCGCUUAUCAUGACACUAAAUAUGCUGUAAGAACUAGCGCUUUGUCAUCUAGAUGGAAAUCUACUAGGAAGUCAAUGCCCUAUCUCAGUUUCUCAAGUGAUGAUUUCACUACAUUGCCCAAGUUGUCCCAAUUUAUUACACACGUUCUGUCUCACCGUAAUAUUCAAAUAGAUGUGUCUUCUCUCAAACUUAGUUUUCGUGGAAAGGUUAAUCAGCCGUUUGUCAAAAAAGUUAUCAACUAUGCCUUAUCCCACAAUGUCCAAAAAAUGAGUGUUACAUGCCUUGAAUUCCCUCUUUCUCUCUUUAGUUCCCAGUCUCUCAAAGAUCUCACUUUGAAUAGAUGUAUUAGUGAUCAAUCGGUUACACCUACUUCAAAUCCCAUUAUACCCACAACAACUUGGGAGCUUCCAGCUUUAUCAACAUUGCAUCUUGAUCAUGUCACUUUCAAUACUUACAAUUCUAAGGAGCGUGGUGGUAUUUUCGCUGCGUGCAAAAACUUGAAGAGUCUCACCUUAACUGACUGCAACAUAACAGGAUCAAAUGGUUGUUUCACAAUCGACCAUCCUCCGCUUUCUAGUCUCACACUCGAAAAUGGAAAUUGGAGUUCAAUUGUUGUUAAUGUGGUUGCGCGACAUCUUGAGAAUCUCAUUAUUAAUUACUGUAAUGGGGAUCAUCUAAUUUGUGCACCUGGUCUUACCUCUUUGAUAUAUAGAAGUCAGCAUUCUUUGGGGUUCUCUGCUAACAAUUUGAAUUCUUUGGAGAAAGCAGAUCUCUAUAUUGGCGAUCCAGGCAAGAUAGAUGUUAUAAAGGUUGUUGAUAUGUUUCGAAAAUUCCAUAAUGUCAAAUUUCUUACACUUGGCUUGGAAAUUGUAGAGGUAUCCAAUUCGUCUCCUGAAUGUAUAAUAUAG